AGAAACUCGAAAACGAACUUCCCACAAACACAUCGGCGGCGGGAAACCAGUUUUGUAUUUCCCCUUUCCGUGCCGGCUGCUGCCUCACCGGCUCUUUGGAUAGCAGGCAUCUUCGUUAUCCACAGCUGUACUUUUCUUUCUUUUUUUUUAAAUUGUCUUUCUCUCUCUUGUAUUGCUCCUUGAUGUUUUACCGCUUAUUUGGCAAGCCCAGCAACGCGAAAAGCUCCUCAGGUGCCAACGGCACGGGCGCAGCAGGCAGCGCCGGUGCUCCAGGCAGCACCGCCGUGUCCGCUGCCGGAGCAACCAACAGCACCACUACUGGUGCUGCCACAGGUGAGGUCAACGCGGCGCCUCCAUUACACGACACUCCGCUCAGCGAAAGCAGCAGUGCCGGUUCUGGUGGCGUCCGUGGUGGCUGGGAUCGGCGCGCGUUCGAGGGCGAGGAGCGUCUGCUGGAACGCCCACGUUGGCCGCGUCGUUACCCCCUUGACCCCGAGAUUGAUGCGGAACUGCUAGUGCUACUUGCGCAACAGUACUCCAUCACCUCCGUCGUUAUCACCCACUACCGUGUGAAGGAGAACUACGUUGAGUACGUCAUCGAGUGCGUGCGGGGCUACGACGCCUGGCGGGUAUACCGUCGCUAUCAACAGUUUAAGACGCUCGAUCACGACCUGCGCCAGCUGUGCGUAGGCCGUCACGGGUCCAACCACGGCGCGUACGGUGUGGUGCCGGUGCUGCCAGGUAGUCACUGGAUGGAUGUAACAAAUCAAAGCCCUGAGUUGGUAGAGCAGCGUCGGCGUUAUCUGGAGAUUUACCUCCAGCAGCUUCUGGUGCAGAAGAAUCUGUUUUAUGUCGCACGCACCGCUCUGUUCGACUUCUUGCACGACGGCGAGGUCCCCACGCACCUGAAGAUCACCGGGAUCCAGCCUCUGCUGGGGUUAAUUAGCACACGCACCAACCAAAUCGACUGCGACGACACUGAUGAGGCGAUCGAGAGAGAACAGCAGCAGCAGCAACGGCCAUCAAGUACCGCGCACCGCGAAGGAGAACCUCAGCAGCCUGUCAGUGCACCGCCCGACGCUUUUCAAUGCACGUUCCCAGCAGCCCAGUUAGAAGAUGCUGGAGCUGAAGGCACCCAGGCGAAAGAAAGCAAUAGUGACAAUGCCAAAGGAGGGAGCACAUCGGCAGCCGAGGGGGAAGGGGCGCAACCCACAGCAAAAGGAGCGCAGAGGACGUGUAGUUCCUCUGCACCAGGGAACACGCAGUCGCCGAACAGGCGAGGCAUAUCAGCGUCCACUGCGACGUUCUCCAAUCUCCGCGCGAGUGGCGAACGCGAGAACCGCGACGAAAACGGUGGUGACGUCCACGACGGCGAAGGCCCGGCAGACAACGUGCGCCCUAAAAAAUACCCGCGCACCCUGGCGGACGAGUUUUCCUUUGUCGCCACGGCCGCGCUGCAGAUGAGCUUCACAGACGAGCGACUCCCGCCGGCGUCCGCCAACUGCGCGCAGUGCAACGCGGAGUUCACCUCGUUCCUCUACCCGCACCGCUGCUUCUUCUGCCGCGUGCAGUUCUGUACCUCGUGCUUGCAGAAGGUGUCCAUGUUGGAAGGUGGUGGUACCGCCCCGGUGUGGGCGGCGCCUCCGGCGAAGGAACGCGUUCCCAGUUCGCCGCAGACAGCCAACGCGUUGGGUGAGGCGCCGAGCGUGGUGGCGCGCAAUGUGCUGGCUUGUCGGCAGUGUGCGGAGAACUACAGCCGACGGCUUGACCGCUGCAUCACCGCUGCUGGUGGCGGCGCCUAUCGCGGUAUGCAGUCUACUCUCGGCACUCCGGCCUACGGUGCCACCGGUAGUAGCACAGGUGGCGCCUCUCCGCACACCUCGUUGGCGGCUGCAGCGCCAUCCAGUUUGAGCCCGAUGACGUGCGUGGGGGAGGAGCAGAGCUCGAUGAUGCUUCAGAAGCGCGGCACCGGUCCCGGCUCCCCGCAGCGGCGCGGCUCGCCGACCGGCUCCUUCGCCGGCCGUUCUGGCUCUCUGUCUGCCGUCGGCUUCGGCGACUUUCAGCUCCUCACGGUGAUUGGUCGAGGCACCUUUGGUAAGGUGCUGAAGGUGCAGCAACGGUCAACCGGCAAGGUGUACGCCAUGAAGAUUAUGAACAAGUCCACCGUCUACAAGCGCUGCAUGACGUCGUACAUGAAGGAGGAGAAGUCCAUCUUGACCACCAUGAAGCCGCACCCAUACAUUGUGCGCUGCUACUACGCCUUCCAGACGGACUACUACCUCGUCUUCAUUAUGGAUUAUUUACCGGGUGGAGAGCUGUACGAUUACCUUUACCCGAAGUUGCGCCUCACCCCGGAGGCGGCGUGCGUCUACGCGGCGGAACUCGUGCUUGCGCUGGAGCACCUACACCGCCAGGACGUUGUGCACCGAGACCUGAAGCCCGAGAACGUGGUGCUCACGGCGGACGGACACAUCUGCCUCACCGACUUCGGCCUUGCCCGACGUGCUUUCUCUCGCAGCCGCCGCCGCAGCUUCGUUGGCAGCCCCGAGUACGUGGCACCGGAGACGAUCCAAGGUCAGGUGCAGACGGCUGCGGUGGAUUGGUGGGGCUUCGGUAUCAUGCUCUACGAAAUGCUCACGGGUUGCACCCCGUUCCACGCACGCAACAACAAUACGGUGUACGACAACGUGCUGCACAAGGAGCUGAAGCUGCCGCUGCUGAAGACCGAGGUGGCGAACGCUGCAGGUGGCGAUCAGGUGGUGGCGCCUUCCUUUCCAGGGUUCCCUCGCAGUGCUGCUGCUGCAACGGCGGCCGCGGCGGUUGCCGCAGCCACUACCACCGCGGGGGACACCACAGGCUUCAAGGGCUUCACUGCAGAGGCCGCCUCGUUGCUGUCAGGGCUGCUGGCGCGUGACCCGUCCAUGCGUCUGCAAGACGCUGCGGUCAUCAAGAAACAUCCCUUCUUCCGCACCGUCGACUGGGACGCGCUGCGGCGCAAAGACGUUGGUGCGCCGUGCAUCCCCGGCGACCUGCGCGACAACGACGUCCGCCACUUCAAGCGCGAGUUCGUCUCGGAGUGGGCCUCCGUACCACCACUGACGAACAUGACGCGUGCCUCGAUUGACGCGCUCACCAGGUGUUUUGAGAACUUUCCCCUCUCUCGCACGUCGGACAGCUCCUUGUCGUCGUCCUUCGCGUCCAGCGCGGUGUCCCCGACAGCAGGGCUUUCGCAGCCAGCCAAAUCCGGUGCGAAUGGAGGCCACCCCGAGAUGCGUGUACUAUCCCCAUCCCUCACCCUCCUGCCUCCAUCGGUUCUCUCGGCAGAUGGACGGACGCUGCGGGAGCCGGUUCGCUUUGGUGACUCUACCGAAACCGCACUGAAGUGCUUUCACGGAGUCUGGCGCGUCGUGUCGGUCGAGGUGCACGCCCUCAAAGAUGGUCGCGUGAUCUUCCCUUGGGGUGGCAGUGUUGGGGGGCUGCUCGUGUACAGCUCCGACGCGCGCUUUAGUCUUCAGCUGUCGCCGAAUACGCGACGACCCAUGGGACCGGUGCAGCGUGUCGGACAGCUCUCGAAGGAGGAUUUGUGUGAUGCGUACUGCUCCUACGUCGCGAGCUUCGGCCGUUUUCAGAUCUUUCCCUCCUCCACGGACGACGGCUGCGGUGUUGUACGGCACCACGCGGAGGGCAACCUUUGCCCGAACUUGAUGCUUACCAAUACCGUCUUUCAAUACCGCAUGGACGUGGAGCCCAUGUCCAAGUCUACGGAGAGGCCGGGGAUGAGCGAGGAGCAGUCCGCGCUAGACGGCAAGAGUGGCUCAUUGAACGGUGCGACGGAAGCUGUGCCCAAGUCGGCGCAGGUCCCUGGAAAGUGCGACAGCGACUCUAGCGCUGACGGCCGAGUCACGCACAGAGAGUCUGGUGCGCUGUCUCGGGAGGCCGAAACGACCUUGACGCCGGUGGACAACGCAGAGGCGCAGAGAGGUGCGACGGCGUCCCCGCCCGCCACGCCACCAAAGCGCCGGUAUGUUCUUCGCUUGUCGACGCGCCCGCAGCGCGCGUUUGAAGAGGACUUUAUGGCCUUUACCUCGCUGGUCUUUGAAAAACUGGAGUGA